GUGAAAGACUUGUUCAAAGAGCUGAAAGUGGAGUGUAAUGUCAUGGAGUUGGAUCUCAUAGAGAAUGGAACAAACUACCAAGAGAUGCUGAAGGAGAUGACUGGACAGCGAACAGUUCCUCAGGUUUUCAUCAACCAGAAACAUGUUGGUGGUUGUGACAAAACAAUGCAGGCAACCAACAAACGAGGAAAGGAGACAUUUCACACAGCAGCGACCUUUGUCUUGGCUACAGGUGAGAGGCCUCGUUACCUGGGAAUCCCUGGAGACAAAGAGUUCUGCAUCACCAGUGACGACCUCUUCUCAUUGCCCUACUGCCCGGGAAAGACCCUGGUUGUCGGGGCCUCGUAUGUGGCUCUGGAGUGCGGGGGCUUCCUGGCUGGCCUUGGGCUGGAUGUUACCGUCAUGGUGCGCUCCAUCCUGCUGAGGGGAUUUGACCAGGACAUGGCCAAUCGUGCUGGAGAAUACAUGGAAGAGCACGGUGUCAAGUUCAUCCGUAAAUAUGUCCCCAUAAAGGUGUUGAUAGCAGUGGGUCGAAACGCCUGUACAGAUAAGAUUGGACUGGACAUUGCAGGAGUCAAAGUAAACCCCAAGUGUACCAUAGUCUGUUCUGGCCUCUGGAGUAUACUGUGCCGGGCCGUGACAACAACAAAUGCUAUGCCAAGAUCAUCUGCAAUAAACUCAACAACGAUCGAGUUAUCGGCUUCCACUACCUGGGUCCAAAUGCAGGUGAGGUGACUCAGGGCUUUGGUGCAGCCAUGAAAUGUGGCCUCACCAAGGAACAGCUGGACGCCACUAUUGGCAUCCACCCAACUUGUGCUGAGGUCUUCACUACUUUGGAGGUGACCAAAAGAUCUGGUGGAGACAUCACUCAAGCUGGUUGCUGAGGUUAAACCCUGCUUGUUUAGCAGAGGCUACUCUUACAUGAGACUCUAAUAACAUCUCUUCUAAGUUCCCUAUUUCAGAUCCAGCGACUCAGUUUACAUGACACUUGUUUGUUAGGACAAACCAAACAUUAUGGUCAGCAUCUAAUCCAGUAAAAUCACUUGUUUAGGUUUACAGGGAGCUAAGAAAACAGAGUCUGAUUUGAUUGUAGCCUGCUGAACGGCGGGGUUACACUGCUGAUAUUCAUGCUGGGCUCCACCAGUGUGUCCUUCAGAGGAGCACAAGUACACACUACUGGCAUGUGUGUGUUUGUCUGUUUGUGAUGUCCUGGCCCGUAACCUGAAAUAUUGAGGUGGGCAAGGAUUGAUGUCCUCCAAAGGUACCUGAUGGUAGUCCAAAAUCUUUUCGUCCAAACCCCCAACUUUAAACAACUCUUUCUUCUUUUAAAGUGU